CGUCAGGGCAGCAGCAUGGCCGUGGGCUCCGUCAAGAUGCAGCCGCCGUGCGAGAGCCCGGGGCUGGCCUCGGCGGCCCCGGCCGACGGCCCGGGCGCCCGGGAGCCCGAGCGCGAGCCGCCCGCCGCGUCUCUGCGGCCGCGCCUGCGGGACCUGCCCGCGCUGCUGCGGAGCGGGCUCACGCUGCGGAGGAAGCGGAGCGCCGCCGGGGCCCGGACUCUCUCAAGAAGAAUUUCCAACCCAUACCUCGAACAUAGUCCUUCCCAGAUUUAUGGAGAGAAUUCUUCUUGUGCCGGAAGAGCAUUAAGGAAUAUUAUUAUUGUUCAAGCAGCUGACCUGGUAAAGGACAGAGUGAACCUCAAGGGAUUUUACAGGAGAAGCUGUGUGGGGUCCGAGCUGGUGGACUGGCUUCUGGAGCACUGCCCUUUUGUCCAGUGUAGAUCGAUGGCCAUCGGUGUCUGGCAGCUCCUCCUGGAUAUGGGGAUUAUGUCGUCAGUGGACCAACAUGUAUACUUUCAAGAUAAUUAUGUUUUCUACCAGUUUUCUUCGGAUGAAUGCAGCUACUUAUACUGUGAAUUUGAAAGGGAAGAAGAAUGGCAGAAGGGCGUGAGGCUGUUGUUGCAGCUUGUGCAUCUCGUCCCUGCGAGAGCUGGCACCUGUGGCCUGUCUAACCAGAAAGUGGAGGAUGCGGAAGAAAGCAGCGAUGAAAUUCUGGCUCGGCUAACGUCUGCGGUGCAGAGAGAGCUGGCCGCUGUGAUUGCUUUGAAAGCAAGAAAGUCUGUUGAACAAGAGGACGAGAGCGCUGACAAGCACAUGACCGUGACAGAGGCUAAUGGUGGUCCCGAUCCUCAGGCUGGGGUAGUGUGCAAGCUCCAGGAGAGAGACGACAUUGGACGUAUCGAGCUGGUCCAGAAGCUGGCAAGAGAAAACUGUCAGUUUUUACAGACAGACAGAAAGGAUCCGGAGAAGGCAGAACACCAAGAUGAUGACGUGCCGAUGGUUCAGGUUAAAGAGCAAGGCCGGAGCGUGUUGGUGCUGAAGAAGGCGGCAGGCUGUGGCCCAGCCCCCAACUCCGGGAGCGCGGAGAGCGAGGCGAGAUACGUGGUGGUGUCCGGCACGCCGGAGAAGAUCUUGGAGCACCUUUUGAAUGACUUGCACCUGGCCGAGGUCCAGCACAAAGAAACAGCGACGCUCCUGGACGACUUCCUCCUCACGUACACCGUGUUCAUGACGACCGAUGACUUGUGCCAGGCGCUGCUCAGACACUAUUCUGCCAAGAGGCAUCAAGGGGAGGAGGAGAGCUCGGACGUCCCGUGCCGGAAGCGCAAGGUCUUGCACCUGGUGUCGCAGUGGAUCGCGCUGUACAAGGACUGGCUGCAUGAGGACGAACAGUCCAAAGUGUUCCUGAAGACCAUCUACAGGAAUGUGCUGGAUGAUGUGUACGAGUAUCCAAUCCUUGAAAAGGAACUGAAAGAGUUUCAGAAGAUACUUGGAAUGCAUCGCCGUCACACGGUUGAUGAAUAUUCUCCGCAGAGGAAGAAUAAAGCCCUUUUCCACCAGUUCAGUCUGAAGGAGAACUGGCUGCAGCACAGAGGGACUGUGGCGGAAACGGAGGAAAUUUUCUGCCACGUGUAUGUAACGGAGCACUCGUACGUCAGUGUGAGGGCGAAAGUGUCCAGUACAGCCCAGGAGAUCCUGAAGGUCGUGGCUGAGAGGCUGGAGCGUGCCGAGCAGGACCUGGCGCUGGUGGCCAUCACGUUCUCCGGAGAAAAGCAUGAAUUUCAGCCAAAUGACCUGGCCAUUUCCAAAUCCCUGGAGGCUUCGGGGCGGAUGUAUGUGUACCGGAAAGACCUGGCUGACACUUUGAACCCUUUUGCAGAAAACGAGGAAUCACAGCUAAGGUCGACAAGGAUUUUGGGAAUGAACACUUGGGACGUUGCCCUGGAAUUAAUGAGUUUUGAUUGGAGUCUGUUCAAUUCAAUCCACGAGCAAGAGCUGAUCUACUUCACGUUCGGCAGGCAGGGAAGCGGAGCGCACGCAGUGAACCUCAGCCUCCUGCUGCAGCGCUGCAACGAGGUGCAGCUGUGGGUGGCCACGGAGAUCCUGCUGUGCAGCCCGCUGGGCAAGCGCGUGCAGCUGCUGAAGAAGUUCAUCAAGAUCGCGGCGCACUGCAAGGCCCAGCAGAACCUAAACUCCUUCUUUGCGAUCGUGAUGGGCCUCAACACCGCGUCCGUCAGCCGGCUGUCACAGACCUGGGAGAAAAUUCCUGGCAAGUUCAAGAAACUUUUCUCUGAACUUGAGAGUUUAACGGACCCUUCCCUAAACCACAAAGCCUACAGGGAUGCAUUCAAAAAGAUGAAGCCGCCAAAAAUCCCUUUCAUGCCCUUACUGCUUAAAGAUGUAACAUUUAUUCAUGAAGGAAAUAAAACAUUCUUGGAUAAUCUCGUCAAUUUUGAAAAGCUGCACAUGAUUGCAGACACUGUCCGGACCCUGAGGCACUGCAGGGCAAACCAGUUCGGAAGUGACGUGUGCCCGAAGGAGCAGCAGGAGCUGAAGUCCUACGUCAACCACCUGUAUGUCAUCGACAGCCAGCAGGCCCUGUUCGCGCUCUCGCAGCGGCUGGAGCCCCGGGCCUGAGCCCGGCCCCUCGUCCGAGACCACCGCCCUCUGAGAGAGGGACGCCUCAGUCCGCAUGCCCUUCCUGUGAGAGGAGGUCGCUGAGUUUUAUCAGCGUGCCCAAGAGGCUGCAGGGAAGGCGGCCAAGCAAGCCCAGGAAGUGACGUGAGCCCCAGGAGGUGGAGAGAGAAGACGGGAGCCGAGCAUCCUGGCCGCAGGGCCUUUCUGAGGAUGGCGCUUUCCACCCAGUGCAAGGCUCAGCAGAUGUCACACCAGCACUAAGAAGAAAACACCUUGAUACACAGCAGCCGUUUCUGUUCGUUAAGAUUGUGUGCCCAGCGGGAAGGACCGUCUCUGCCGCUCCCCCUGCUGCCAUCAAGAGACCGAGCGUGACUGAGGGCCGUGAGGGCCGUGAGGGCAUCCCAGCAUCCCAGGAAGAGGAGCUAUAAACCGAGCACACCCCGGCAGGCACGUCCUGCUGUGCCUGUGAGAGUGCCUGGCACACCCAUCCACACUCGUUUAGGAUGUUUGUGCACAGGAAACCGCGUUCCUCACCACGACACUCCGAAAGCAGGGCAGCUGGGCUCCUCGUUCAGCGGGAACCCGGCCACAUUCGGCCCCGGGACUCCUCUGCAUAGAUUCCUGUUGUUGUUGCUAUUGCGUGCAGUUUUCAGGACGGUUCAAAAAGGUGGGGCCGGGGUCGUGCGUGCUCUUACACUGACAGAAUGGCCAGUGUCUGCAUCCCAGUGUGUGCUGGAGCCUCGGUGUUCAGUCAGGCCGCACCAGGCGCCAGCCCACAGACAGGAGGCAGCCUGGGGAGAGGUGAGCGACCCCGAGCGUAAGGAGCCAGCAGUUGGGCCUACUAGACUCGGUCACUGAGCAGAACCCAGAAACGCCUGAAGUCUGGCUUGGGGAGCCGGAGCCCUGCAGUCCAAGUCCCAAGCAAAGCCUCAGCUUCCUGCAGCUUGCCCUGUACCGUCUCACUCUUGGAAGUGUCAAGGACUGGGCUCUCGAAAUCAGAGGAAGCAAACGCCUGUGGCUGAAACAAGCCUGCCCACCAGCUGGACGCCAGCCGCUUCGCUGUGUGCACGCCCCAGCCGAGGGGCUGUGCAUUUCCAGGCGUGCGUAUGGUGUGCCCCUCACCCGGGGCCUGCCUGGUGAGUGUGCACACCGGCCAGUGCCUGCACGGUCCACUGUCGUUACUGAGGCCUGCCAUGUGCCCCUGAGACACUGCUGGAAGGAACCGUGUGGGGAAGCUUUGGUAGCGCUUUCAGAGACUGCCCCUGACCAGCCUGCCCCUGACCAGCCUGCCCCUGACCAGCCUGCCCCUGACCAGCCAGCCCCUGACCAGCCUGCCCCUGACCAGCCAGCCCCUGACCAGCAUGGAGAGUCCCAGUUCUGGAGACCCGAAGACGGUCAGACUCACCCACCCAGAGCAGGUGCCGUCAGAAGCCAUUUCACGGGGCUGAGGGCCAGUAGAUGGGACUAGAGCGGCAAAGCAAGGGAAAGCAGGCCUUUCCUGCAGACAGCCUCGAGGUCUGAGGACAACACACAGCACCAACUGUGUCUUUCCUCCAGGCCAGCAGCUGGGCCAGCGCUGUCAUGCCAGGCCACUUUGACCCUGUCCGCAUUCUAACUGAGUGUGCCAGUGUCAGCUCUGUGUUCUCCAGGCUGAACUUUACCUUUAGAACCCGGUGUAGGUGGAGCUGUUUCAGUAGAGCCUCUGUCUAGCCUCCAGCUGAGCUGGGCUCUGCAAGCCACACCUGCACCACGCCCUGCCUCACGCCCUGCCUCACGCCCUGCACCACGCCCUGCACACUUAGAGAGUCCUGCACCCGAGUGGGAACAGCCCCGGGGAGCAAAGCGCACGAGGCAGAUGGCAUCCGUUUUCCCACCCUGUCUCCGGAAUAUCUAAAUUCUCCAAAUCUUUCUCAACUUUAACACCUGUUCCUAGGGAUUUCUCAGGCAGCAGACUUAGGAACUUCAGAAGCUUGGCAGAGUCUUGAAUCUAAAAUUAGGGGAAACCCCAGAUUUGUCAGGCCCCGGUUGCUCCACAGGAAGCCCUUCCAAGGAAGCAGUAGUGGCUGGGUCCAUGGUAUGGGAAGACCCAGCUCCUUCUCCAGAACCCCCAGAUCCCCCAGAAUCAGCAUUGCUCUCCAUGAAGGUAGACUAAAGAUGUCUAAGUUCUCUUCUAAUUCGCCUUUGGGUUGUCGUGAUUUCACGAGUCUCCGUUUCCUCCCUAAACCCUGUAUAAUUGGCUUCUUCCUCAGAGAGUGAUGGCUGGGCCACUUUCUGGUAAGAGUGCAGCCCUCAAGAAGUCCCGUGGGCCUCUGGGUUCCAUGUCUGCCAUGCUUGCAUCUUCCUGUGGGUGUCAGAAUGUGGGUCCAUCUAGGGAAAGUCGCAACUUUCCAAAUAUUUCAAAGGAUUUGCACAUUUGCAGAUGUUCUAUAGCCUACACGUGUGAAACUCACUCACGGUCUGUAUAAUUGCCAAAUGGUUAUCGCAGCACAGAAUCCACCACAUUGGCUCUUUUCUAGUACCCUUGACUGCACUGAGCGUAAAUUCCUUUUCCUGCCCCGACAUCUACAAGCAGGGAGCGCGGCACACAGCGGCGACUCCUAGCGGACAGGUAUUUCACAGAUGCACACUCGCCUGCGUGAAGCUGGGGCGUGGACGUGCGGCUGCUUGUGUAGACGUCUGGUCCCGGAGCUGGUGCUGCCUACGUCCCCAGGCCUGUCCCCAGUGACAACUCAUCACCGCAAACCGGGAACCCGUGCGCAGCCCGGCCAGGCCUUCCAGAAUCGGCAGAUGAUCCGUGUGCGGGCGGCAGAGGCUGCUGCAGCUGUGCAGCCCAGGAUUGCUCCUCAGCUUCAAAGACACGUCCUUGAAAUUUCAGCCCGGUCGUUACCGAGGGGGCCGGUUUUGCUCUAGAGAACACACAUUUUGAAAAAUUGCCAAAAAGUCGGAUGAAAUGUACUUCUGUAUAAAGCAAAGCUGUAUAAACUAAGCCUUUUUAGCAGAGUGAUAUUUAUUUGCAUAGCCUAUUUAUUGUAUUUGUAUUACACUGUUAUUAAAUGCCAGGAUGAAAUCCAUGGCCUGGGCGAGGCCUCUUGCCUUUGGCUGUCUCGUUGCUUCGGACUGCUGGUGCGUGUCAGCUGCGGUAACGGAAGACAGAAGGCCGCAGUCGGCCAUCUCCCAACCUCUCAGGGACCACACCGUGAGCUUGCCAGCGCUGGGAGAGCUGGUAAACAUGAAGCACUUGCCGGAUUACCAGCCUGCCAUCGACAGGGUUUGCUCUCCGUCGUUCGUGCUUUCUGCCUCUGUGUACAUAACUGCUGUGUAUUUAUCAAAGUAGGAAGCAAUAAUUUAUAUGUAAAAAUGCCCAAGCAAUAUAAGGCUAAAGCUUACGUAAGUAACCAUUACCUUAUCUUGUAUUUUCAAGUGUUUUUUAAUCUGCUUUUCCAAAUAUAAGACGAUGUUGGACACAU